AUGAACAACAACUUGUACACGCACCAGGCGGCCUUGAUGGGCCAGCAAGGCCAGGGGCAGGGCCAAGGCCAGGGCCAAGGACAGCCGGCGCAGAACAUGCAGGCCGUCCCGAGGGUUGUUCCGGGCGGCUGGGCCGGGGUCGGCAUCCAGCAGCAGCAGCCAGUGCUGCUGCAGCAGCAAGAGCAACUGCACUUGCACUGGCAGCAUCAGGAGCCGCACCCGCCCCCGCACCCGCACCAGCACCAGCAGCAUCAUCUGCAGCAGCAGCAACUGCAGCAGCUGCAUCAGCACCCGCCCCCGCCCCCGCCCCCGCACCACGAGCAGUGGCAGUGGCAGCAGCAGCAGCAGCAGCAACAGCACCACCACCAACAGCAGCAGCAGCAGCUCUACCACCAGGCGCCGCAGCUGCAGUACUGCCACGUCCCGCCGCAGCAGCAGCCAGGCAACUAUUAUCUGGCGCAGCCGUCGCAGCCGCAACAGCCGCAGCCACAACCGCAACAGUGGCAGUGGCAACAGCAGCAGCACCAGCAGCACCAGCAGUGGCAGCAACAGCAACAGCAGCAGUGGCAGCCGCAUCAGCAGCAGUGGCAACAGCAGCACCAGCCCCAGCACCAGCAGCAACAGCAGCACCAGCAGCUGAGCCUGCAACAGUGGCAGCAGGGUCAGAUGCACCAGCCACAGCGACUGCCGCUGCCACCACAGCAACUGCCGCCGCCACCGCAGCCACUGCAGCCUCCGCAGCCUCCGCAGCCACUGCCAGACAGGGCUAGGCACCUGGAGCAGCAAAGGCAGCGCCAGCAGCAGCGCCAGCAGCAGCACCAGCAGCAGCAGCGACCACGGCGACCACGGCGACCACGGCAGCCAAAGCAGCCAAAGCAGCCGCAGCGGGAGCAGCAGCAGGAGCAGCCACAGCAGCCACAGCAGCCACAGCAACAGCAACAGCCACAGCAACAGCAGGAGCAGCAGCCACAGCAGCCACAGCCACAGCAACAGCCACGGCAACAGCAGGAGCAACAGCAGGAGCAGCAGCCACAGCCUCAGCAGCCCGCCACAGAAGAAGAAGAACCAGAAGAUCUCGGACUGGCUCUUCUCAGGGCCUUUGUAAAAGCGGACGGCGACAGCAUGUCCGACCAAGAGCUGCGCGCCGCCCGGCCCGGCCCCCGGACCCCUCCCAACUUCCCACUCACUCUCCCCCCACAGAGUGAGUGGAAGGACGGCAAGAAAAAGUGA